AUGGUGAAAAAACUAUUCGAGUCCGUUUUCUUAAUAGAAGUCAGACAACCAGAUAUCAUCAACCUCGAAGCUAUGCACCCACAAGAUCACGAACUCUCUGAUGAAAUGCUUUAUUUAUCUUCCGCAACAACUCCUUUAAUUCCUUUACCGGAAACAAGCUUUGUCUAUACAUUUAACAUGAAACAACUAUAUUGCCACACUAUAUACUUUUUCCAAUCAGGUGUUUCAUACGAAAUCAUUAUAUUUUCUGCAACAUCAUAUUGCAAAAUUUUCAGAGAGUUUUUAGAUCAAGCACUACAUCAUUUCAAGGAGAAAAUAGCAACAGCAAGAGAAAGAUACCAAUAUGUUCUUGAUUACCUUUUGAAAUGGAAAAAUGAAAUCGACUCUGAAAAAAUAACUCUCCAAUUUCCAAACGGAGAUGUCGAAUUCACACUUCCUGAUGAACGCUGCUUCGAAGGUUACAACCCCUCCAAAUACUUUAAUCUACAACAAGUUAAAGAUAUUUGGCGCGCACUUUUAGCGGAUGAACCAAUAUUAAUUGUUGCACCUGAUGCAGAAGUAGGAUCAUAUGCAUGCCUUUCAGCCCUUUCUCUCUCAAAGCCAAUUGAAUACAAAGGUUCUUUCAUUUUAUGGCUUCGAGAAACUGAUCCACGAUUCAUAGAUUUAGUUAACAACAAAUCAGAAGUCAAAAUUGUUGCUUCAUCCAAUCCAAACUUGUCAAAUCUUAACUAUUUCAAAGUAAUUAUAAAUGUUGACAAAGUAAGGGAUGAUUCAGCGGCUUCCAAGUAUGCUUACACAGAGUUACCAGAUAGGAUGGCCGAUAUUUUGUCCGUCUGCGUUUCUGUGAUGGAUCAUUACUUAAAUUACAAUCCAUGGGCUGAUUUGCUUAAUGAUCCUUUAAAACAAAAGGUUGUUAAGAGUUAUCGCAAAUUACUUACGAAACCUUCUAUUUCUGUUGAUGAUUAUCUGAAAUUUUCUCGAUCAAAAACUUUUGAGUAUUUCAGAUAUCGGAACUUAAACAGAGACACAUGGCGAGAGGCAAUUCUCUCUGGAGAUCCGAAUUGUCUUACAAAAAUACAAAAUCCCGAAGAUUUACUCAAAAUUAUAAGUUAUUCCAAGGAGCAAAAGAAGAAAUACGUCAACGACAAACAUGUUUUUUCUGUUCUCAACCAGCAUUUGAAAAUUGCAAGCCAAAGAUAUCACGAACUUACAGGAUCUGAUCCCAAGUUGUGA